UCGGAUCCUAAGCUAAUUAAUGAUAAAGGAGCUAAAUUAAGGAUUUGCAUAAACAAGAUGGGUAAACAAACACUUUCCUCGUAACAAAAUUCCUUUUCCUUUUCUUUUUCUUUUUCUUUCUAAAAAGACAACUCUUAUUGCUAAAUAUGAAAAGCACAAUUUACUUAUUACAAAAACUAAUGUUAACAAAUCUUUGCUGUGUGAGAGUGAAAUGGAAAAACAAUGCUUACCAAAACAGAAAAAAUAAUCCCUUAAAAUAGAAAGACAGUUAGCGAUGACAACGCUUGGAAAUUGGGUUGAGGACAGACACAUGGGGUGAAAAUUGAAGGAGAAAGAAUUUGUUCUUAAAAAAGCAAACUUAAAAAAAAAAAAAAAAAAAAAAAAAAAAAAAGAGAAGAAGAAAAUAAAUGAAAGGUAGAUUUUUGAAUUUAUUACUUGAGAAAGGGGAAGGAGAAAGGAAAGAAAGGAGCACCUUAAUUGUGUAUGUUUUCAAAGAGGAGUAUAAAUCCUCUGAGAAGACUACUCUUUAUCUAUUCUUCUUCAUCAUUUUCAUUGUCUUGCGCUCUCUUUGGCUUGUUUUCGUCGUGCCUGAAUACCUUUCUCAGUGUUCAGGAAUUUUGACGAGAUAUGUACAGAGGAGCGAGGGACAAAUACAUAGGAACAUAUAUCCAAUGGCUACAGUUCUUGGGAUAGCUAAAUGUUGAAAGGAAUUUUGAAUUUCUUCCUCUUUGAUAAUCAACCUCAAUUUCAGAAGUCUACUAAAAAGAAUUGUCAAGUGCUUAUUCUUCAAUCACCCUCACUUGAACUCGAUUCCGAAAUGGCUGUAGCUGUUGAUCAACAUCAUGGAUUAAAACCUCCUGCUCGAUCCCAAAGAUGUAGGCUUCUGUCUUUCACUAAUCUUGACUUUUCUGCCCUCGAGCCUAGCCCAACUGAUGUGGCUCGUUCCUUGGGGCAAGCUGAUCUUAGUGGGAGCUUCCAACGGCGUAGUUUCUCUACUCCUUGCUUGACCUUAACUAGUAAGGUGGAUGGAGUUUAUUGUGAUAGUCGAAAGGUUGAACUAAUUGGUGGUAAGGGUGCCUCUAAAGCGCGAGCACUUGUUGUUGAAGUUGCUAUUGCUUUGGCCUCUGGUGUAGAACCAGUGCCGGUCUCAAAUGGGUUAGGAGGGGCUUACUUUAUAAAUAAUAGGAACAAAGAAAUUGUUGCGGUCACAAAGCCAAUGGACGAGGAGCCUUUAGCAUUUAACAAUCCAAAGGGGUUUACAGGGAGAAUGCUUGGCCAGCCUGGUCUAAAACGCUCAAUUCGAGUUGGCGAAACUGGUAUAAGAGAGUUGGCUGCUUAUCUCCUUGAUCAUGAUGGUUUUGCUGGAGUUCCUCCUACAGCACUUGUCAAAUUCUCCCAUGUUAAUUUUCAUGUCAAUGAUCUAGCUCCUAUCACAUCAUCACGAUACAAGAUCGCGUCUCUUCAACGUUUUGUAGAGCAUGAUUCUGAUGCAGGGGAUCUGAGUCCUUCUGGUUUUUCGGUCUCUUCGGUUCAUCGUAUUGGGAUCCUUGAUAUAAGGCUUCUAAACAUCGAUCGACACUCCGGAAACAUACUUGUUAAGAAGUAUGAACUUGACAAGCACUCUCUAGGUGCCGCCGAGCUCAUUCCUAUUGAUCAUGGGCUUUGUUUACCUGAGUGGUUAGAUGACCCUUAUUUCGAGUGGCUCCAUUGGCCUCAAGCAUCAAUACCCUUUUCAGAUGCCGAACUAGAGUACAUAUCAAAUCUUAAUCCAUUUGAAGAUGCUAGGCUUUUACGUACUCAACUCCCUCGCCUCAACGAGUCUUCCAUUCGUGUUCUUGUGGUUUGCACCAUCUUCUUAAAGAGAGCAACUGCUGCCGGUUUAUGCCUUGGUGACAUUGGUGAGAUGAUGACUCGAGAUUGCCAUGGCGGCGAGGAAACAAUGAGCGUGUUGGAAAGAAUUUGUGCUAGAGCAAAGGAUGCUGUUUCUUUGCUAAGAAAAGAUAUCGAAAAGAUAGUAGAAAAUAAUGAUUCUUCUAUGUUUUUGUUUGAUGAGGAAUGUGAACAAGGCAUCACAAAAAGUAUGUCUAAACAUUAUAACAAGGCAUUACAAACACAAAUUUCUACAACAGGAAAGCCACCACUUGCACCAGCACCUCAUUAUGUAAAGGAGUUUUCACCUGAUGAAAAGAAGUUAUGCUCACUAAUAGAGCAUGUACAUUAUAAGAAUGUUGACAUCGAGGCUAAUAAUGAAAAUCGCAAGGCCGGACACUUGGUUAAGAGCAUUAGUUUCGCGGUACCAAGUAGAAAGAAUGAAAUCGAGGGCAUCUCUUUUAAAAACUUAGACCAAGAAGAAUGGGAAUUAUUUCUCGAAAUUUUGGAAAGCCUUUUACCUGAGGUGUUUGAGGAACGAAAGAGUAGUGGUAUAACCCAAAGAGUGGGUUCAGCUUGAAAAAAGUUUCGAUAAUAAGCUCCCUUAGCUUGCUACAAAGUUUUUCAUUUAAUUCUAGAGAAAAAGCUAGUAAGUAUUCCAUAUUAUCAACGCCAAAAGUAUGAUUAGCAAUGUUGCCCUAAUUAUUUACUUGUUUGUAUCAUUAGAUGUUUAAUACUAGCUAUUACUCGAAUGUAGAUAUAGCUAAUUAGGUUUGAGGGGGAAAAGAGAUCGGCCACAAGUUGAGAUCCUUUCCCCUAUGAUGCCUUCUUCCCCAUCUAUUGUUUUUGUUAAUUAUUUUUAACAAUUUCUUGACAAUCUUGUAUACAUGUCAAGAGAUAAAAAAAACAAAAGAUAUGAAAUUGUAUAAGUAUACAUCUUGUAAUAUAAUGGAAAAGCAACUUGGUGUUUAUAUUACAUAAUUACAAGUUUCUAGUUUAGAGGGAAAAUAAAACAAGUUGAUCUUCGAAAAAGUAAUACUCCGUAUGAAGUAAAAGAACAAUAUGCAAGACAAAGAUAAGGAUAAAGUCUUUAUCAUCAUAGUGAAUUGAUACCUAGGGGCUAUUUACCAAAAAAAAAAAAAAAAAAAAUUGAUACCUAGGGGUGCUAGCAUAAGGGAAGAAACAUUCUAUUUUGACAUUUUAUCUCAACUCAUAUAUAUCGAAUUAAAGUAAUGCCAUUACCCCCUUCAUCCCUUCCCGUGUUUUAAGGGUAAAAUAACAUAUAUUUAGGAAGUUUAUUUUAUGCCCCAUGCUAAAUUUCUUUUAUAGGUACCAAUUAUUUCUUCCAUGUGUUAUUGAGAUUGUUAAUAUACGUAAUUUAUAAGAAAAAAUAACAACACAAUUCUGAAUUUCUAAAUCUUUUAUACGCAAGAUUCAUAAUUUAUACGGAGUAUAAAAAUUGUUCUACUCAAGCUUCAAGAUCUGCCACUGCGUGACCGGGUCAACGCCGGAGCAAUGGGUCAAAUAGUCACUUUCCAGCAUUAGGUGUUAACUUGCAGCAUUUUUUUGAAAAGUGGUGGCCUUUUGCAACAUUUUUUUUUAUAAGGUGGAUA